AACACAAAAGAUGCGAAAAUUUCAGACCCCUAUAGUGAAGCAGAUCUCCAGCCCCUGUUUAAGCAAGGAGUCUUUCUGGGACAUCAAAUAGACCCACAGGUAUAUUAAAACAGUGUUCAUCAUUCAUUAUUUACACAAGCUUUCGACCCUGUGCAGCACGGCAUUGAAACAGAUUAUAUUACAGUUCCAGACUGGGUGGCCAUUAAGACCCUGCCUGUUCCGCAUCAAUCUCCCAUAAAGCUUUGCACCACACAGUUCCCUCGGCAGAAUACUCCCUCUGAUAGAUAAGAACGAGAUAAGGAUCUAUUCAAGCUGCUUGCUGUCAAAUCAACCUCCCUCUUUUGUUUACACGCCUUGUAAUAAAACCCACGCCACCAGGUGCUCAUGUGACCAGUCUCAUAUUCUCAGGUCAGACCAUCGGGUGCUUUUUUGUCUGUAGACAAACAGAGGAGUCUGGCAGGAUGAGCUAAAAUCAGCUUGAAUAAGGCUUGAAAUUCAGACCAGGUGAACAUACUUCCUCUCACGCCAGCUGUAUUGUCUAUGUGUGUGUGCAGAAGUGGGACAUAUUUUUGUUUCUCAAGCAGUGGAGACAAUGGAGUUUUAUUCUACGGAUUUAAACUUACGUGAUACAAAUAGAUACAGGGCAUGCCCCCCUAUACUGGGACCACAUGAACACCUCUUGUUCUGUCAACACUCACAAGUAAAAAAAAACGUAUCGGUUUCAGGGGUGAUUACCUCUAGAAUAAAUGACAUGGUGUCCCACUUGAAGCUCUGUUGAUGGCCGACGGGAUUGUUUAUCUGCGGCUGAAAUGAUACGUGCUCGAAGCAAGGUCAGCGCUGGGGGGUGAGAGAUGCCUGGAAGCGCCAUGUCAACAGACCCGCUGUCCUGGCCACAUUCCGCUCACAUGGGCUGUUGGUUUUUGAAGCUUAAUUUGUAAGACCGUAAUGUUGGAUUUAAGUCAGGUUUGUAUGUACGAGACGGUUUGGGGGGAUCGAGUAAAGUCUCGUUUGUCUGGGAUUGCUUUCUGUUGACAGGCGCUGCUGACACAUUCGAAGGAUUAGUAGCUCUGUGGAUGGGAGGCUUUUGGCCUCCUAAAAUAGAGAGAGGGACACUCAAGAAAACAAAACUGAAUUCAAACAACAACAGUUUCCCAGAGCGCCACUGGACAUGGCCCACAUCACACACACAGACGGUCAAACGUAUACACGGUAACAUAUAUUUGAAGUGCGGAUGCUUAGAACAGCCGGACCUGAGAUGGCGGUGUCAGGGGCUGAAGAUAUGCCUCGCCAGUUUCCAAAGAUUGCUUUAAGUGAUGUGGAUGAGGAGGUUCGUCUGCUGGCGGAGAAGGUGUAUGCCUCGGCACUUAAGGAAGAGGAAACUAAAGAUGCCCUGUCCUUGUAUACGGUCCCUGAGGACUGUCCCAUCGGCAUGCAGGAGGCCAAACAGAGGGAGCUGCUAAGAGAACUGGCUGAACAGCAGUCUGAAGAAAGUGCCAAACGGAAGAAGAGUUUUCAGAUUAUUCGAUCCCAGUCGAUGUCACUGCAAAUCCCAUUAAGUACAGAUAGAGUGCAGGGUGUGGUGAUGCCCCUCGUGUCUCCUGGAUCUUCUUGCCCCUUGAUUCCACAAAAACUCCCAGAGUUCCAAAGAGUGAUCAUCAGUGGGGACUACUGUGCUGGGAUAACCGUCGAGGACUAUGAGCAAGCAGCUAAAAGUCUCCUGAAAGCUUUAUUUAUUCGAGAAAAAUACUCAAAACUGGCAUAUCACUGCUUUCCCCGGACCACCACACAGUUUUUGUGUAUUGCUGCAAAUGAAACGUGGAGAGAAGAGGAUGAAAUUCUUCCAGAUAUCUGCCCUUGCCCCGGUGAGGGAGAGGACCCAUACAGCAUGGAGAAUAUUCCAGAGAACCUCAACUAUCAAUUGAAGAUGAAGGAUGGCAUAAUUUACGUAUAUGAAAACAUUGAAGCUCUGAGCAUUAACAAACCACACUGUCUGCCUUACCCAGACCUGGAGACGUUUGCCAUAGACAUGAGUCAUGUGCUCGCCAUGAUCAUCGAUGGGCCUACUAAGACCUACUGCCAUAGACGACUGAACUUUCUUGGAUCAAAGUUUUACCUCCAUGAAAUGUUGAACGAAAUGGCGGAACUGAAGGAACUCAAGCGCGUUCCUCACAGAGAUUUCUACAAUGUCAGGAAGGUAGACACGCACAUCCACGCAGCUGCCUGUAUGAACCAAAAGCACCUCCUUAAUUUCAUCCAAACCACAUAUAAAUCUGAUGCGGACAGGGUUGUGCUGGAGAAGGCAGGGCAGAAACUUACUCUCAAGCAAGUGUUUAACAACUUGAACAUGGACCCUUAUGACCUCACUGUGGACUCCUUAGAUGUUCAUGCCGGCAGGCAAACAUUUCACCGCUUUGACAAAUUCAACUCCAAAUACAAUCCGGUAGGCGCCAGUGAGCUGCGCGAAAUAUACUUGAAGGCCGACAACUACAUCGAGGGGGAGUAUUUUGCACGCUUGAUCAAGGAGGUAGCACAUAAUCUGGAGGAGAGCAAGUAUCAGCACGCUGAACCACGACUGUCCAUCUACGGACGUUCACCUGAGGAGUGGCAAAGCCUCUCGCAUUGGUUCAUUCAGCACAAAGUCUACUCUCCAAACAUGCACUGGGUCAUUCAAGUGCCAAGAAUUUAUGACAUUUUCAAAUCACGUAAGCUGGUUCCCAAUUUUGCCAAGAUGCUUGAGAACAUUUUCCUUCCUCUCUUUGAAGCUACAGUGAACCCCCAGAAGCACAAAGAGCUCCACGUAUUUCUACAAUAUGUGACUGGCUUUGACAGUGUGGAUGAUGAAUCCAAGCACAGCGAUCACAUGUUCUCUUUUAAGAGCCCCAAACCUGAGCAGUGGACCACAGAUGAGAACCCACCCUAUAGCUACUACCUCUUCCACAUGUAUGCUAACAUCAUGGUGCUCAACAACCUCAGGAAGGAACGUGGCCUUAGUACCUUUCAGUUUCGUCCUCACUGUGGUGAAGCUGGUUCAAUCACCCACCUGGUUUCAGCUUUCCUCACCGCAGACAACAUCUCCCAUGGCUUAAACCUCAAGAAGAGUCCUGUGCUGCAGUACCUGUAUUAUCUUGCUCAAGUGCCCAUUGCCAUGUCUCCUCUGAGUAACAACAGUCUGUUUCUGGAAUACUCCAAGAGCCCCUUAAGGGAGUUUCUACAUAAGGGUCUGUGUGUGUCUCUCUCCACUGAUGACCCUUUGCAGUUCCACUACACAAAGGAGGCUUUAAUGGAGGAGUAUGCCAUCGCAGCCCAGCUCUGGAAGUUUAGCACAUGUGACGUGUGCGAGAUCGCCAGGAACAGCGUCUUACAGAGUGGCCUUUCCCAUGAGGACAAAAAGCACUUCAUCGGGGCGAAUUACCUGAAGGACGGCCCUGAGGGAAAUGACAUUCGGCGGACCAACGUCGCCCAGAUCCGCAUGGCCUACAGGCAUGAGACACUGUGUAAUGAACUCAGUUUCCUUGUGGAUGCAGUAAAAUCAGAGGUCAAUGGAUCACAGUAGCUUUUUCACAUAGUCUCGCAGACUGUGCUCAUGCAUGGUUGCUUUCUUAUACAGUAGCAUUGUAUGCACACAGGGACUCAGAUGUAAUGCACUUAUGAUUUACCCAGCCUUCGCACAUACACUAUUGCCUGCGUAUGCGAUGUUUUCAGCGUAAAGUUGGCCUUUCAAAAAGGGAUUGGCAUUACAUGAUAUUACUUAAGAGGGGCUCUGCCUCCCCCCGUGGAGAUUUAUGAGUCAUAUCCUCAACCAUGUAUGUCUGUUCAAAAUAUAUAAAGAUGCUGGCAAUGAAUGAUGUGUGGGCCAUUCUGCUUUCCCUUACAAUGCGCGGUGUCAGACAGAAGAAAUAGCCAUAGUAUAUUCGCAGAUAUGAAAAGAUGUAUGGUUAGGUCAGAGCUGUGAAUUACAGAUCUUCCCUUAUUAACUGUCCUGUCAAUGAUGGAAAAAUAGACUGCAAAAACAAGGUUGCGACUCGAACGUAGGAUAUAGAAUAAUGUUUGUAUAAAACGAAAUAUUGUUUGGAUUAACUCGUAUGUUUUUUUUUUAUUGCGUGUAAACGCAGUGCCUGAAAUGUAUGCAAAAGUAAAAUGCUGAUGACACGGUUAAAAAUUUCACAGCGACAAACAGAAUACAUUUAGUUUUUUUGUUGUUGUAUGUAUUGCAAAUUAUUUUUUAACUGCCUUAAAAUAUAUAAAUAUAAAAAUAUAUAAUGAC